AUGGCUGCAGAAGCUGACAUAAAAUCACAGCACAGGCUGCGCAGCGCACCUGUUACCAUUCGCUUCGUGACGAACACAACGAAGGAGUGCAAGCGAGACCUGCUGGACAGGCUGACGAAGCUGGGGUUUGACAUCGCAGAAAAUGAGAUCUUCACGUCUCUGACAGCAGCCAGAAAUCUGCUGGAGCAAAAGCAGGUGCGGCCUCUCCUUCUGGUGGACGAUAAGGCCCUGCCUGAUUUCACAGGCAUGGCCACUGGUGACCCCAACGCAGUGGUGGUAGGACUGGCUCCUCAGCACUUUCACUACGAGAUGAUGAACCAGGCGUUUCG